GCGACGACGGCGACGAUGCAGAUGGCGGCGGCGACGACCGAUGCUCCGGCGGCAGCUGUGGCGCACCCACAUCCCCACGCCCACGGACCACCGGUGCCGCACGGCCACGGCCACCCGCACCCACACCACCACAUGCCGCAGCCGCGGUGGGUCGUCCUGCCCUACCCCCCGCCGCCGCCGAUGGUGGCCGCGCCCCCGCCUCCCCCGCCGCAGUACGUCAAGCAUUUCGCGCCGCCGGCCUCGGUCACUCCGCCCCCGCCAUCGGCCGGAUCCGGCGGGAACGGGGGUGACGAGAACCGGACGAUCUGGGUCGGCGACCUCCAGUACUGGAUGGACGAGAACUACCUCCACAGCUGCUUCGGCCCGAGCGGCGAGGUGGUCACAAUUAAAGUUAUCCGCAAUAGGCAUUCUGGAGUUUCUGAGGGUUAUGGUUUUGUAGAGUUCUGUUCCCAUGCAUCAGCAGAGAAAGCACUUCAGAAUUUUGCCGGUCAUGUAAUGCCUAAUACUGACCGAGCUUUUAAGUUAAAUUGGGCAUCAUAUAGUGUGGGAGAAAAACGAUCCGAACUUGCUUCUGAUCACUCAAUUUUUGUUGGUGAUCUAGCUGUUGAUGUUACCGAUGAAAUGUUGAUGGAACUUUUUGCUAACAAAUAUCGAUCUGUGAAAGGAGCUAAAGUUAUUAUUGAUGCAAACACGGGCCGUUCUAGGGGAUACGGGUUUGUUAGGUUUGGAGAUGAUAAUGACAAAACUCAUGCCAUGACUGAAAUGAAUGGUGUAUAUUGCUCCACUCGGCCAAUUCGCAUAGGACCUGCGACUCCUAGAAGAACUACAGGUGAUUCUGGUUCCUCUCCACCAAGGCAAUCAGAUGGGGACUCGACUAACAAGACAGUAUAUGUUGGUGGGCUUGACCCCAAUGUCAGUGAAGAUGAACUAAGGAAAGCAUUUGCAAAGUAUGGCGAUGUUGCCUCUGUCAAAAUUCCUGUUGGGAAACAGUGCGGCUUUGUUCAAUUUGUCAACAGAGCUGAUGCAGAAGAAGCACUACAAGGGUUGAGUGGAUCAACAAUUGGGAAACAGGCAGUUCGUCUUUCUUGGGGACGCAGUCCAGCAAGCAAACAGGUUUGAACUUGUCUAGACUGUAAU